AGCUGCAUCAGUGUGACACUCAGACGUCCUUCAAACUCUCAAGACUCUGGUUCAUGUUGAAAUUUACUCUUAUAACCGAGACGAAAAGAGGAAAUGAGCCCUUUUCAGCUCGUCUCUUCUGCUUUAGCGACUAUAUUGGUGUAAACCCGCCGGAGGACAACUCAUCAAGGCGAGAUGAAGGACCGACUGAUCGAGCUGCAGGUCAUCACCAACAAAUCUUCAGAGGAGGCUCACGGAUCUGAGGAGGAUGCAAGCCCCGAGUCUGGUGGACAGGAGCAGCAGCAGCAGGCCAUCGUGUUCGAGGGUGAAGACGUGACUGAUGUUAUCUACAGGAACGCCAAAGAGAUCAGGAGGGAGAUGGCGCUGCUCAGGAGGGACGUGGAGCAUCUGAAGACCCAGAACACUCGCUUCCUCACGUCCAUCCGGAGGAUCAGCGCCAUCAAGCGGGACGCCACCGCGCUCGGACGGGACGUUCAGGCCCGAGCGCAGGCAAUUUACGGGAACCUGGAGCGUCUGGGGAAGCUGAGCAAGGAUCUGGAGGAGAGGCACAGCUCCACGUCGGUCGUGGUUCGAAUCUCCCGCUCACAGUACUCGUUUCUGACCGCCGCCUUCCGCCAGGCCAUGUCCGAGUACAACGAGGCCGAGCUGAUGCAGAGGGAAUACUGCAUGGGCCGCAUCCAGAGGCAGGCCGAGAUCAUGGGCAACAGGCUGAGCAGGGGGCAGAUAGACGAGAUGAUCGAGUCGGGCAACUGCAACGUCUUCACGGGCGUCGUGGCGGAGACAAGGACUACCAGGUCGGCCCUCAACGAGAUCGAGACCCGGCACAAGGAGCUGCUGCAGCUGGAGGGUCGCAUCAAGGAGAUCCACGAGAUCUUCCUCCAGAUCGCCGUACUGGUGGAGGAGCAGGGCAGCAUGGUGGACAACAUAGAGGCGACCGUAGCUGCCACCGUGGACUGUGUUUCCGAGGCCGGGAAUGAGGUCAGGAAGGCUGUGAGAUACAAGAAAAGCCAUCCAUGCAGGAAGCUCUGCUGCUGCUGCUUCCCGUGCUGUAAAUGAGAACGUUUUUCAGGAGGAUAUGGAGUCAAAUUGGCUUCUUAUGCAUUUUAAACUUAUUUCUAAGUCAUUUUUAAGUUUUUAAGAAUAAUUUGCGUCAUUUUUUUAAUGAUCUGGUCUAAGAAAAAGGACCUAAGUCAUUUUAAACCACACCCUUGAACAAAUGUAUGCAGUGUGAUGUGGUUCCUGACUGUUGCUGCCUCUGCGUGACCGUUGUAAAGACAUUUGUGCUCUUUUUUUUUUGAUGCUACCUCGCAGCUUUGUCCUUCAACUUUCAGCUUUGUAAUGGCAAAAUGAAGUCAGUAAAGUGUGGAUUUUUUUCUUCUUCUUCUUCUCAAUACCUCAGAGUGUGUCGUUUGGAGAGUAGGCCCGGUGCUUACUGCAGCCGUUGCUUCACAAGUCUUUAGAAACACUGUGAACACAGCUCAGCCUCUGACUGUGGUUAGCAGGGCAGGCGUGAUAGCUUUGUGUGAAUUGUGCAACCAGUUUGCCGCCCCUGUGUAGACUUGUUGCUUUUCAUGGAAGAAAACUAUCUUUAACUUCUGCUGGUGUCAACUUAAAGAUCUGUUACUGGAAUCAAAGCGUUUAAACAAUAUGACAGGACUUUUUACGCAAAAAUGCAUCUAAAUCUAUGUGGAAAAUAAGAGGAUUUUCUCUUUAUCUCGCUGUCUUGUGCGUGCAAUGAUUAAAACAGAGCUUUAUUUUUGCUUGUGUGGCAGCCCAUCACAUACUGGGGGAAUCCCAGUUACCAGCUGUUAAAAAAGUAAGGGGUGUUGGGAGCUUCUGAUCACCUCAGACAGCAGUGGGUGUUUUCAGAAUUAGCUGCCUCUGCUCAGUGUUGAAACGGCUGCAAUGAUUGCACUUCCUCAGCAGCUCUGUGUGGUUUGUAGGGGGCAUUUACUCGAAGCGUGACGGGCUUUAUUUGAACUGUGGAGCCGUGAGUUUACUCAGGUGAACCUACCAGUUGUCCUCAUGUGGUUGCUGUAAUCUUAUCUGCCGUCUGUUAUGUGCUGUGAUUGUGUGUGUUCACCAGGAUGGCCGAGUGGUUAAGGCGUUGGACUUAAGAUCCAAUGGACAAUAGUCCUCGUGGGUUCGAACCCCACUCCUGGUAGGAGAUUUUAACCAAAAUAUGUGGAUUAUCUGGAUUUAAAAAGAAACAUGUUGGUGGUUUUGCGCAGUGUAAUACCCUGAAAACGACAGAUAAAUGUCUCCCCGAGCUUUGA